AUGUACGGCCUCAAACAGUUGUCGGUUCUAAGCUUGAUGCUUCUCUCUGUAUCGGCAGCGAAGAACCCCAAAAGAACGAUUGUAGGCAUUGAAACCGCCGACAAGAGCCGUGGUAUUGAGGUGCCAUUGAAUGAUUGCCAUCCGAUCGAGGAAGAAGACGUUCUUACUGUAUCGUUGAAAAAGCCUUGCCGUCUUUUCACCGGCCCUGACUGCACAGGACGCAACACAUUCUUGAGCCCUGGAGACCACUCUUCAAAGGACCCAAUUCCCGUCAUCGAGUCGAUAUUUUGCCAGCUCUCUUGA